AUGGAUUUAGUUAAUCACUUGACUGAUAGAUUAUUAUUCGCUGUCCCAAAGAAGGGUCGUCUUUAUGAAAAAGCUAUUCAAUUAUUAAAAGGUUCAGAUAUUGAGUUCCAUCGUUAUAACAGAUUAGAUAUUGCCUUAUCUACAAACCUACCAAUUGCCUUGAUUUUCUUACCAGCUGCAGAUAUUCCAACUUUUGUUGGUGAAGGUCGUUGUUCAUUAGGUAUCACAGGUGUUGAUCAAGUUGAAGAAUCAGAAGUUGAUGUUGAAUUAGCAUUGGACUUAACAUUUGGUAAAUGUAGAUUACAAGUUCAAGUACCACAAGAUGGUCCAAUUAAAGAUCCAAAACAAUUAAUUGGUAAAACUAUUGUUUCAUCAUUUACAACUUUAACAAGAAAAUAUUUUGAAAAAUUAGAAGGUGUUAAACCAGGUGAACCUUUGAAAACUAAAAUCAAAUUUGUUGGUGGUUCAGUUGAAGCUUCUUGUGCAUUGGGUGUUGCAGAUGCUAUUGUGGAUUUAGUUGAAAGUGGUGAAACCAUGAGAGCUGCAGGUUUAAUUGAUAUCGAUACAGUUUUAUCAACUUCAGCUUAUUUAAUUGAAUCCAAAAAUCCAUCACAUCCAGAAUUAGUUAAAACUAUCAAAAAUAGAAUUGAAGGUGUUUUAGCUGCACAAAAAUACAUUUUAUGUAAUUAUAAUGCACCAAGAAAUAACUUGGAUGCUUUAUUAUCAAUUACACCAGGUCGUCGUGCUGCUACAGUUUCACCAUUAGAUGAUGAAGGUUGGGUUGCAAUUUCAUCAAUGAUUGAAAAGAAUAAAAAAGGUGAAAUUAUGGAUAAAUUAAAAGCAGGUGGUGCUUCUGAUAUCUUAUUGUUUGAAAUUUCAAAUUGUCGUGUAUAA